GGAAUAUGUCAUUCUGUUCAAUCAAGAAACAUUCAGUCGACUAUCACUUGCGUUGGGAAAAAACGAAACCGCAAAAAUCGGAGGAAAAACAAACUUAGCCAAGGCAGUAGUGGUGAUGCGUUGAGUAAUAAGCAAAAUGAUGAAGAUGAUGCUAUUUUGACAGCAAAUGAGAAUGAUAAUGACAUUGAUGAGGGGAGUGACACACAAACUGAACGUCCUGUACAUUUGCGUCGUGUUAAACAGCUUCCAGAUCAUUCUGGGGCAGCUGCUGAUCUCGAUUUAAGUGAUACAACAACAUGUGCUGGCGUACAAGAGCCUCAUAAAACUACUCUUCAGCCUGAAAGCUUGCUAGCAGCAGCCGCUACCGCCGCUGGUUUCGGUCCGGCUUCCGCCACCGGGAAAUUAAUCGGAUCAAUUCUACCUCCAGCUGGUGCGAAGCGUGGUGCCUCCAGCAGUGAUCAUCAAGUCCAGUAUUCACCUAAAGAGAUACAACAGCACCAGCAAAGCGUUGAUUCUACUCUGACAAGUGGUCGGAGUCUCAUGCGCCAUUUGUCUAGCUUGAAUGACGAAAAAUCUGGCAUCAAUAGUGGUAUUAUCAAGGUAUCGCCAAUGGAUAAACGAGCAAGCAUGGUUGUACUAUCUGCUUCUGGUUGUUCUGUUAAAACGGGUAAUACUACGGGAAGUGGAUCUGCCUCAAGCAGCAAUAAUAGGCGUUCUUUGCUUUUUGAACGCGAAUUAAACCAACCUGAUCCUAGCAAAGAAGUUUGUGAUAUCCUGGUGAAAAUAGCUGACCUGGGCAAUGCUUGUUGGACUUAUCGACACUUUACUGAAGAUAUUCAGACGCGGCAAUAUAGGGCGUUAGAAGUACUAUUAGGUUCUGGCUAUGGCACCGCUGCAGACGUUUGGAGUACUGCAUGCAUGAACUUUUAUAAAGAUUCAUAA